CGACUCCUGGGGACACACUUGGAUGGAGGCAAUUAAAAUGCCUGUCAGGCAUUUGAUACCAGAAGCCCCUAUUGCAAACCGCUAAAUCCUAAGCUAGGCGCUGCAUCUUCUGUCAGUGAAUGAUGGCGGAGCCGGGUGGCUUGUCAUCAUUCUCGAAAAUUCUGAGGCUAGUGAGCUCUCUCUCCCUCUCCCACUUGCCUUAUUUUCCUUUUCGCCACUGCGGGGACUUUUUCUAAUUUGCAGCUUCCUUUUCCCCGACACACACAGACAGGAGCUGGUGGCUUGCAGACUGCGUCUGUCUGGAGCUAGAGAGCCAGAGCUAGCCCGCAGAGAUAAUGCUCUGGGAGAAGGAUUCUGCAGCAGUCCUCAAAGGCUAGACUUGCGUGGUAUCGCUGCAUAAGCGCUGAUUCUUCAGCUUGUCUCUAACGGAGGAAACUGACUGGGAACUACUCAUUCAGAAAAUUAAAAGAAAUUGUACUCAGUGGAAUCAUGUAUGAAAUCUCCAAAUAGGACUUUAUAUUCCACCUGGAUAUUCUAAAGCCCUUGGGAAGAUUCUCCCUUUAGGGUUCACUCAGAAAAUAAGCCAGAACACGUUAUCAACCCUUUGAGAACACAGCACAACGGACUUCCUUUACUACUUCCUUGAAUAGGAGAGGUCACAGGGCAUUAAAGAAUGGCAGAUGAUCGGAAAGAUGAAGCGAAGGUGCCUCACUGGACCUCAGCUCAACUAACAGAGGCAUCCGCACACCCACAUCCACCUGAGAUUAAGGAUCAAGGCGGGGCAGGGGAGGGACUGGUCAGAAGCGCCAAUGGAUUCCCAUACAGGGAGGACGAAGAGGGAGCCUUUGGAGAGCACGGGUCACAGAGCACCUAUCCAAGUGCCAAAGAGAAUGGGAUCAAUGGAGAGCUGACCUCAGCUGACAGAGAAACAGCAGAGGAGGUGUCUGCAAGGAUAGUUCAAGUAGUCACAGCUGAGGCUGUAGCGGUCCUGAAAGGUGAACAAGAAAAAGAAUCUCAGCAUAAAGAUCAGCUUGCAGCUCUGCCUAUAGCAGCUGAAGAGACAGCUAAUCUGCCUCCUUCUCCACCCCCAUCACCAGCCUCAGAACGGACUGUUGCAGUGGAGGCAGGUUUACUUACAGCCUCGAAGAUGGAGCUCCAUGAUCAACAGGAAUUGACUCCCUCUCCAGCUGAGCCAUUAGACAAGAAGGAAAAAGAAUCAGAGAAACAAAGUAAGCCUGGUGAAGACCUUAAACAUGCUGCCUUAGUUUCUCAGCCUGAGACGACUCAAACUUCACCUGAUAAAAAGGACGUGCAAGGCACAGAAGAAGAACAAGCGCCUCCCUCUCUACUGGGGCACACUGUCAGUGUUGGCUUAGAAGAAAUGAAACUGAAGACAGAGCCAAGCUUUGUGGUACCUGGUAUUGGCCUCCCUGCAGAGCUCCCAGCUCCAAAGGGGCAAAAGGACUGGUUCAUCGAAAUGCCAAUCGAAGCAAAAAAGGAUGAGUGGGGCUUAGUCGCUCCAAUAACUCCUGGCCCACUAACACCCAUGAAGGGAAAAGACGUACUUGAUGAUAUCCCCAAAUGGGAAGGAAAGCAGUUUGAUUCUCCCAUGCCAAGUCCCUUUCACGGUGGAAGCUUCACUCUUCCUCUAGAUGUCAUGAGGAAUGAAAUGGUUGCAGAAGCAUCUCCCUUUGUUCCCAUCCUGUUACAGCCAAGUGACAUAAAGUCUGUGGAAGAAACCAGUGGCCCAAUAACUUCCAAAGAGAGUUCUGAAGCUGAAGAUUCCCAUAAGGAUAAACCUGAGGAGAUGGCAGAAACCCCAGCCUCUGAAGCCGUAGCUCCACCCAAAGAUGCCCAUGUUCUGACUGUGGAAGAAUACGUCCCAGAGAAAGUUUUAGGAGAAGAAAAAGGGGCCAUACAGCAAGAGAGUGUGCAGAAAAAAGAGACUUCCACCCUCAGUGAUCAGGAAGCUACACUUACUGAAAAGGAACCUCAGCUAAAGCGUGAAGAAAAAACAACCAUUUCUGACCAAAAAGCCAUGCCAAAAGAGGGCGAACCCCCAAAACCGGCAGAUGAAGAAACAGGUGUAAUUCAGCCCUCCACAGAGCACACCUUCUCAAAAGCAGAACAGAAAGGCCCAGAGCCAACUGCCGAUACUUUAAAACAGGACUCAAUCCUUGUAAGUUUGGAACAAGCAGUUACGGAUUCAGCCGUGACCUCCAGGACACCGGAGAAGGUCAUGACUGAACCACCUGCUCUGAGUGAACAGAGUGAGGAAAAAGUUGCUGACAAAGAGAGCAAGACAGCUGGGGCCAUGACUGCAACAUCCGCUGAGCUUGGCAUGCCAUUUUAUGAAGAUAAGUCGGGAAUGUCCAAGUACUUUGAAACAUCUGCCUUGAAAGAAGAAGUGGCAAAAAGCAUCCAGCCAGGCAGUGAUUACUAUGAACUGAGUGACACACGAGAACGUGCCCAAGAGUCUUUUGAUGCCGUAUCUCCCAUGCAUAAAAAUGGUGAAAAGGGACUUGAGGCAGAUAAAGAACCCCAGCCCAGCGCUCCAGCAUCCGAAGCAGGGUAUAGCACUCUUGCACAGAGUUAUCCAUCUGAUUUACCGGAAGAACCUGGUUCUCCUCAAGAAAGAAUGUUUACUAUUGACCCAAAGGUGUAUGGAGAGAAAAGGGAUCUCCACAGUAAGAAUAAAGAUGAUUUGACACUAAGCAGGAGUUUAGGACUUGGCGGUAGGUCUGCCAUAGAACAAAGAAGCAUGUCAAUCAAUUUGCCCAUGUCCUGCCUGGAUUCCAUAGCCCUUGGGUUUAACUUCGGUCGGGGACAUGAUCUUUCUCCUCUGGCUUCUGAUAUUCUAACCAAUACUAGUGGAAGUAUGGAUGAGGGGGAUGAUUACCUUCCAGCCGCAACACCUGCAGUGGAGAAAGCCCCUUGCUUUCCAGUAGAAAGCAAAGAGGAGGAAGGACAGAAAGAGGAAGAAAAAGCUAUUGGAGAGGUAACUCAAGUUGAGACUUCAUGUGAGUCGCCUUUCCUAGCCAAAGAUUAUUACAAGAAUGGCACAGUCAUGGCCCCUGACCUGCCUGAAAUGCUAGAUCUGGCGGGUACACGGUCAAGGUUAGCCUCCGUGAGUGCAGAUGCUGAAGUUGCUGGGAAGAAAUCAGUCCCAUCAGAGACUCUGGUUGAGGAGAGUAGAACUGGCUUGCCCCCUGUCACUGAUGAAAACCACGUCAUUGUUAAGACAGACAGUCAGCUGGAAGACCUGGGCUACUGUGUGUUCAAUAAAUACACGGUCCCUCUCCCAUCACCUGUUCAAGACAGUGAGAAUUUAUCAGGGGAGAGUGGUUCCUUUUAUGAAGGCACUGAUGACAAAACACGAAGAGAUUUGGCCACAGACCUUUCACUGAUUGAAGUAAAACUGGCAGCCGCUGGAAGAAUCAAAGAUGAGUUCAGUGCCGAGAAGGAAGUAUCUCCGCCUACCUCUGGUGACAAACCGGGCCUGGGUAAGGAGUUUGAUCAGGAGAGGAAAGCUAAUGAUAAGCUGGAUACUGUACUAGAAAAGACUGAAGAGCAAGCUGAUUCAAAAGAGCAUGCCAAGGAAGCAGAAGAGUCUGGUGAUAAAGCUGAAACAUUUGGAUUAGGAGUCACCUGUGAGCCUGCUUCAGCCAAAGAACUGGCAGUUUCAGAAGAUGCGCCACCGCUCAGGGCUGAGAAAGCAGAGAGAAGUCUGAGCUCAGUGCCGGAGGUAGCUGAGGUAGAACCAUCUAAAAAAGCUGAACCAGAACCGGAUCUUGCUGCAGAGAAAGCUGACCAGGGUCAAUUAGAUGUUAAAAUCAGUGACUUUGGACAGAUGACCUCAGGGCUAAAUGCAGAAGCUGAGAAGGCAACAGAGCUUAAACUCGAGGCUACACAGGACCUCGCCCCCUCGUCUGCAGCACCUCAGGAGGUAGAUGAGCUUAUCAGUGUUGAGUCUGGCCAAGCAAAAGAAGGCACCAAAGUCAGUGAGACAGAAGUCAAGGAGAAGGUGGCCAAGCCUGACUUGGUGCACCAGGAGGCUGUGGACAAAGAAGAGUCCUACGAGUCCAGUGGUGAGCAUGAGAGCCUCACCAUGGAGUCCUUGAAGGCCGAUGAGGGCAAAAAGGAAACAUCCCCAGAGUCUUCUCUAAUUCAAGAUGAGAUUGCCAUCAAAUUGUCAGUGGAAAUACCUUGUAAACCUGCUGUUUCAGGAGCUGAUAUAACCCUAGAAGAGGGAGCUGAUGUCCAGAUGGAGUUUAUCCAGCUGCCAAAAGAAGAAGGCAAAGAGACCCCAGAUAUAUCUAUCACGCCCUCUGACGUGACCGAGCCGUUGCUUGAAGCCACAGGGGUUGAACCAGCAGAGGCUCAGGCUGAGGAAGAAGAGAUAGAAGCCCAGGGAGAGUAUGAUAAGCUGCUCUUCCGCUCAGACACCCUUCAGAUUACAGACCUGGGUAUCCCAGGUGCCAGGGAGGAAUUUGUGGAGACCUGCCCAGGUGAACACAAAGGAGUGAUUGAGUCUGUGGUAACCAUCGAGGAUGAUUUCAUCACCGUGGUGCAAACCACAACUGAGGAAGGGGAGUUGGGCUCCCAUAGCGUGCGUUUUGCAGCCCUAGAGCAGCCGGAGGCGGACAGGAGACCACCCCCUCAUGCUGAGGAAGAGCUUGGAGCCGAGGAAGCAGCACCCAGGGAAGGCGCCCCCGCGGCUCCAGCCUCGCCUGAGAGAGAAGAGGUUGCCCUCUCAGAAUACAAAACAGAAACCUACGAGGAUUACAGAGACGAGACCACCAUCGAUGACUCCAUCAUGGAUGCUGACAGCCUCUGGGUGGACACUCAAGAUGAUGAUAGGAGCAUCAUGACAGAGCAGUUAGAAACUAUCCCUAAAGAGGAGAAAGCUGACAAGGAAGCUCGGAGGCCAUCUCUUGAGAAACAUAGAAAAGAAAAGCCCUUUAAAACCGGGAGAGGCAGAAUUUCCACUCCUGAGAGAAAAAUAGCUAAAAAGGAACCUAGCACAGUCUCCAGAGAUGAAGUGAGAAGGAAAAAAGCAGUUUAUAAGAAGGCUGAACUUGCUAAAAAAACAGAAGUUCAGGCCCACUCUCCCUCCAGGAAAUUCAUUUUAAAACCUGCCAUCAAAUACACUAGACCAACUCAUCUCUCCUGUGUUAAGCGGAAAACGACAGCAACAGGUGGUGAAUCAACUCAGGCUCCCAGUGUAUUUAAACAGGCAAAGGACAAAGUCUCUAAUUCUACCUUGUCAAAGAUUCCCGCCUUGCAGGGUAGCACAGUGUCCCCAAGAUGCAGCUCAGCCUGCCAUAGUACGACUCAAAAGGCAACCUUUUCUGACAGUUUUUUAAUACAGCCCACCUCCGCGGGCUCUGCAGACCGUUUGCCAUACUCAGAAUCAGGGAAUAAGGAUGGAGUAACCAAGAGCCCAGAAAAGCGCUCAUCUCUGCCGAGACCCUCCUCCAUUCUGCCCCCUCGCCGAGGCAUAUCAGGAGACAGGGAGGAGAAUUCCUUCUCUCUCAACAGUUCCAUCUCCUCUUCAGCACGGCGGACCACGAGGUCAGAGCCAAUUCGCCGAGCAGGAAAAAGCGGCACUUCAACACCCACUACUCCCGGAUCAACCGCCAUUACACCUGGCACGCCACCCAGCUAUUCUUCACGCACACCAGGCACUCCUGGAACCCCUAGCUAUCCGAGAACCCCUCACACACCAGGAACCCCCAAAUCUGCCAUCUUGGUACCCAGUGAGAAGAAAGUCGCCGUCAUACGUACUCCUCCAAAAUCUCCUGCGACUCCCAAGCAGCUUCGGCUCAUUAACCAACCACUGCCAGAUCUGAAGAACGUCAAAUCCAAAAUUGGAUCAACAGACAACAUCAAAUACCAGCCUAAAGGGGGACAGGUUAGGAUUUUAAACAAGAAGAUCGAUUUUAGCAAGGUUCAGUCCAGAUGUGGUUCCAAGGAUAACAUCAGACAUUCUGCUGGGGGUGGAAAUGUUCAGAUUGUUACCAAGAAGAUAGACCUAAGCCAUGUGACAUCCAAGUGUGGUUCUCUGAAGAACAUCCGCCACCGGCCAGGUGGUGGGCGUGUGAAAAUUGAGAGUGUAAAACUGGAUUUCAAAGAAAAGGCCCAAGCUAAGGUUGGCUCACUUGACAACGCUCACCACAUACCCGGAGGUGGUAACAUCAAGAUUGACAGCCAAAAACUGAACUUCAGAGAGCAUGCUAAGGCCCGUGUGGACCACGGGGCUGAGAUCAUUACGCAGUCCCCGGGCAGAUCCAGCGUGGCGUCCCCCCGACGACUCAGCAACGUCUCCUCUUCUGGAAGCAUCAACCUGCUCGAAUCCCCUCAGCUCGCCACUCUGGCCGAAGAUGUCACUGCAGCGCUCGCUAAGCAGGGCUUGUGAAUAUUUCUCAUUUAGCAUUGAAAUAAUAAUAUUUAGGCAUGAGCUCUUGGCAGGAGUGGGCUCUGAGCGGGUGUUAUAUUCAUCCUUUACAAACCAUAAAAUAAAUAAUCUCAUUCCCAAACUCUAGUCAUUGUUACAAUUUUAUAAAAAAAAAUGAAUAGUAAAUGCAGAAACUGACUUGAUUUUCAUUUGCAACAGGAAAACACUGGCUUUACAUGAGUACAAUUGGACAGUUAUUUUUGCUCUGCUCUGUUUUGCAUGAGUAUUAUUAUUUAAAAAUUUGCAUUUUUACCUUUCAUGUGCCUGAAGGCUAUCCACUACAUCCUGAAAGGCCUUGUUAAAAUCCAAGCUGCUCAUUUCAUUAUUCUGUUGCUGGAUGAAGAGAUAAAAGCUGCCCAUUGUAACUUAUUACAGGUUAAAUUAAGUCAUGGAGUCUGAUUGCAGGAAGGGAAGAGCAUGUAAGAAAUACGAUUUUUUUAAGUGUUAUUUUGUAUAAAUGGGAAGAAAGAUUCAAUUAAGUUAUUAACAUUUGGGACCUGGAUAAUUAUAUCAGAGUAUAGUCAAUCCAAUAAAUUAUUUAACUAACUAAAAAAUAGUAUGAAGCAUUUGAGCUGUGGUUGAGGAAGUGGCAUGAAAGUGCAUCUCUUAGGAAUGAAGCACUUUCAGUAGGAUGGACUCAUGUCUGAUUAGAGUGUGCAUUGAUCAGCUAGAUUUGUGUUUCCACACUACCAGUUUCACACCCCCUUUCCAUCUGUUUGAUACAGUAUUAUAGAUAUAAAUAUAUAUAUAUUUCUCUGUGGCCAUUUGUGAUACUUCCUCAUAUACUUGAAUAUUAUACUUCCUUAUUCACGGUAUCUGUGUCUCCUGCACCCUUUGGUGUUCCAAUUUAGGUAUGUGAAAGUAGAUGUUAGCAGGGUUCUUUCCCUAUUUAAAAAAAAUACAUUGAAAAAGACAAAAAGUUUUAGCAUGAAGUUGCUUUCUGUAACACCUCAAAUUGUAACCCUGUUUUAGUGGCAGAUACAAGUCUUUCCCGUGAUGCUAGAAAAAUUUAUUUUUCUUUGUUUUCACCAACAUGGAGUUUGUGGGGGUGGGUCCAGUUAUACAUUAAAGGGUUUACAGAUUGUUGGUUUAAGAUUAUGGAUUUAUCUCAUUUUAAAUCACAAUUGUUUGGGUUGUAUUCCUGUAGUCAUUCAUGAAACAGACUUCCUCAGAUUUCUUUUUCCUUUUUUUUUUUCUUUCAUUUGCUAAAGUUGAAACUAACUUGAGAGUUUAGGACAUGUUAUCCCAUUCUUCCAAACAGUACCUGCUUAUUAAAUUACCUGAUAGAAGAUAUUUGACUUCCUUGCCCAAAGUAAAGUUCCCUUGAUCAGAAAGGAAAAGAUACAGUAUUUUGAGAAACAAUAGCUGCAAACACUUGAGAUACAGAUAUCUAAAUCCAUUUUUUCAGGACUCCAAUGUUACACUCUGUAAAGGAACACUGUAUAACUCAGUAUUAUUUAUCAGUAGAUAAUACUGUUCUGACUUAAUAUACAGUCCUAAAAUCACAAAUCAAUUAAUUCCUCUCACACAUCUUUCAUCUUAGACUUCUGAAUAAGCAGUGGAAUAGUCAAGGCCUGAAUAUGUGGUUACCAGGCUGGAUAGAUGCUCUUCAGUUUUUUAUCUGUUAUUUUUCUUGCUCAGGGCUGGUAGCUUAGAUCUGAACAGUUCAAGGCAAAUGUCCUGGUAGGUGUUUGAUCCCUUUGAGCCCAGUGAAUUUCUGAAUAUAAAGGAGAAAAAGAUGAGCAUAGAUGAGGCAACAGGGGAGUACAGUACAUCUAAGAAAGAAGCCAGGGAUGCAAAGACAGACACAGGUGCCAUUUUGUAACCCAUUGGAUACUGCAACCAAUGUGACUUCCAUUAAGGAAGCUCUAGGAGCAAACACCUGUCACUCAUUCUCAACUAAGAGGUUUUACAAAGGCAAACAUGUCUGAAAAUACUCAUAAAUCAGUUAUUUUAUACAACAGUCAAAAAGUUAAGAACUACUGAGUAAGACUAUGGAUGUGUCUAUUUUCUGCCUCAUAAUUGCUGUGAGGUUUGAUUUGACCAGUCUGAGCAUUUUAUUCAUCAGCUUCCCUUGAAAUGCAUCAGGAAAUGGAAGAUUAAAGAAUAGCUGUGUGGAACUUACAGUAUUUUGUUCCAUGUUUGAUAGUAUUAGCUAGUGAUUAAAGUUACUUAGAAAGAAGUUAACAGCUGGUUAGGACAGUUUUAACCUGUGAAAUCAGUUUUUUUUCUUUUUCAACUUGGUUUAAAUUUCUUAUCAAAGUUAAGAAUAAUAAAACGUGCUCUACAUAUUAAAAUUCAGUUCCUUACAAAUACAUUCCCAAAAUAAAGAUUAAAUAAAGCACUAAGUUAUUAGAGUUGGCAUUAAAACAAAUGUUUAUCUCAAAUCACAGAAAAAUAAUAAUGAAUAAAUGCCCUUCCUUCAUAUGGAAAUGCUGUUUUUAUAAAGUUAAGAAAAAGAAACUGCUCAUUUGUGCCAGUAAAGAGAAACACAAAGGCCAAAAGGUCUUCUUAUGGGGAGUUGGGGUGGAACCCAUCUUGCCUUCUUCACUUUUAAGAUUACCGACACAAAUUAAGCUUUUUGAACACCACUCUUGUGGGGAUACCCAUACGCUGAUCUAGAAAUUAAAGCUUCAUAGUUCCAAUUCUAGAUCUAUUAAUGCCAGUUUCUCUCUGGCUUUAGCCUUUGAGAACCUGUUUAAGGAUACAUAAGUAAUCCAGAGCUCUAAAGAGUUAAAAGGCCUACUUCACCAAUGAACUCACUCUCUCCGGAUCACCUGCAACCAAGAAUUGAGUACUUUAUAAUGAGGCAGGAAAGAUCCGAGUUCAUGAUGAGUUUCAAGGGCCAUGUUCAUUUAGGAACCAACUCUCUCUGGAUUCUCCUGCUGAGUUCCAGCAGGGUGAUGGGCUGAAAUCCCACCCCCAAACAAGACACCUGUGUAACACCAAGAGCUGCGGCCUCACCUAAACUGCAUAAGUAUGGUCGAAGAAGGCUAAAGAGAGAACUUUGCUAAAUGCAAGAAUGUACUGAUUGUAGCUGGCCUUAGCCACACUCAUAUAGUAAUACAGCAGGAAAUGGCAUCGUCAACCCAAAUAUCAUGUCAGUAUUAGUAACGAAUCUCAAUGUGGUUAGUUCUGACAGAGCCAUUACAGUUCGCCUCCUAUUUUUCAUGCCUCAAAAAGAAAAUAAACUAUUCAUGAUUUAAAUAGCCAGAAAAAAAGGAUAGCUUUAUGGCUUAGAAAUGCAAAUUCUAGGCAUUCCUUCAAAAGAUUGAUGUGUGCUAAAUCAGCAUAGAUGUUUGGUUUUUUUACACCUUAGAUUUUUAGCCUGGGUGUGUAGGUUGAGGCCAAGUCUCUCUGCAGGAAAGAGCUUCUUUUUAAAUUCAGAAAAGGUCAAUCAUGAAAAUCUACUUCAACUUUAGCAAAAAGAAAAAAAAAUCAACAGAAAGUAUACUCUGUAUGCUGGGAUUCCAAGGUUCCAACACACCGCUACAAAUCUGUUGGGGGGCGGGGGGUUCUUUCUUCUGAAUUCUAGAGCCUGUUACCAUAGAAAGGCAUUUCUUCGAUGACUGGUUGUAGUUAGUUUCAUGUUUUUCAAUCAAAAUUUGCAAAUGUAUUUGUUGCUGUAUAGUGAUUGUUUUGCAAAAUAAAAUUGCUUGUCACCUGA